UGUGUGUUCAUCAUCUAUAUUAAAAUAAUAAAAGACGGGCGUGACACAGACGAGAAACGAAACUGACAGACGCGGAACUGAGGUGUCAUGUGCUGUGUCAGGACCGAUUGAUCAGAGAUUUGAUCAGAUAACAGAUCAUGUGCUUUAUAAACCCGAUCUCAAUCCUCAUUCGGCUCUUCUUCAGUGGGAGAUCUCGUAAGGUGAUGAUGCCUGAUACUGGUGAAGAAACGCCGGUGUUUUUUGACCUCGAGACCACAGGACUGAACACCUCAGGAUGUGAUAUUGUCCAGCUGUCUGCCAUCAGCAGUGAUAAAGCGUUUAAUGCGUACAUGCUACCCCGCUGCUGCAUGACGGAUGGAGCCGCACGUGUCACGGGUCUUACGGUAGACGGCGAAGCCCUGCUACUCCAUCGAAGGCCCGUACGCACCACUCCACAGAGACAAGUGCUCAUUAACUUCAUCUCCUUCCUCAAAACUUUCAACAGACCUUUUCUAGUGGGACACAACAGCAGAAGAUUCGAUUGGCCCAUUCUAAUGCGGGUCAUGGAGGAGUUUGGCCUGUUGGAAGAUUUCAGGGAGGUGGUGUCCGGGUGUGUGGAUACACUGACUAUGAGCAGAGAUAUGUUUCACCUGGAGAAAUACAACCAGCCGUUUCUCGUCAAGUAUUUUCUUGGAGAAUCAUAUGGAGCUCAUGAUGCAACCGAGGAUGCCCGGACUCUACAGGAGCUCUACAGAGUCUGGAAACCCUGUAAAGCUCUCGUGAUGAAGCACAAAAGUUUCAUGUGAUUGAUGGACACAACUCUGGGAUCAUGUUUGUAGUGAUUUGGUUCUGAUCAGUGUAAAAAUAUUGUUUUUUUUUUUUUAGAUAAUUUCUUAAGUGAAACUUUGUUAAAAGUUUAUUUUAACUGCAAUUCUAUUAGUGUUAUAAAAUAUGUCAUUGUUUAUAAAGCAGUGGUGCAUGGAUCACCUCAGCAAAACUGUAAAGGUGCUGUAAAAUUUUUUAAUUGUGUUUUGAUAAAAAGUGAUAAAGUUAAUCUUAGUGUAGUUUACACGGACUGUGUGAAGUGUUCAAUGGGAAUGUUUAUAUUUUGCGUAAAGGCACCACUAUAUUUCUUUGCAGCAAGUACAUUCCUUUUGAAUUCUUUUCUAUCCUAAAAUUAAGGUCUUUUCUUUUGAAAAAAAAAAAAAAAACAGUUCUGCUUUUCACAGGUGUUACACCCAACAUGAAAACCAUGAAAACAUUUCUAAAGUGUUUGACACUUUAUCAUAGUUUAAAAAAUUAAUAUUUAGUGUAAUUUAAUAAAAUUGUGUAAAUCA